UACGUUUCCAUCGAGGGUCCAAAUCGGGUCAGAGUCGGGUUAGAGUCGGGUUGGGGUCAGCGCUUGUACGGUGGAAACGCCAAAGGUUUAGUUGAACUCUACCCUACAAAAUUUUAGGGUAGCGUUCAGUUGAGGUUCGGUGGAAACGACAAGAGUCGAGUUCAUGUUGCCAACAUAACAAAUCCAAAUUGCAUUGUGUAUCACGUGCUGUAUUAAUUGGUGUAGAAGAGGUUAUUAUUACUUUUUGUCGGUGAUCUUGUAAUCUGAGAAAUAAUUUUUGUAUGUUAUUUUGAUAUUGUAAAAUUAAUAUUGCUCAGCUUUACAUGUCACAAUAUGGCAGUUGAUUUUGUGCAGUUGGUAAUGUUCAACCCAACUCCAACCCCAACGUAACUCUGAUCCGAUGGAAACAGGCAAGGCAACAUAACUCUAACCCGACUCUGACCCGAUUUGGACCCUCGAUGGAAACGUAGUCUAUGUUGCGGCACAGUAUAAGAAUGCUUUCUUAUACUGUGGUUGCGGUAUGAUGUGUCGUAAACCACGUGCAGCGAAAUAUUUUAAGUAAUAAAUAUCUAAAGUGCAAGUUAAGUACAAAUAUGAGUACCCAGAAAGGAAAUUCCAGCCGAUCAAGGCCACAAAAGUAUCAAAACAAAAGCGCUUUUAAAAAUAAUCUGUAUGAUAAAUCAAACAAGACAAAGCUUAUUAAUAAAAUUGAAGUUUUAAAUGUGUGUGAAAGAUGUAAAAAAAUAAUUGAAUGGAAAAUUAAAUAUAAGAAAUAUAAGCCAUUAAAAACCUUAUCAAAAUGCAUAAAAUGUGAACAGAAAACAAUAAGUAAUGCUUAUCAUAAAAUAUGUUUACCUUGUGCUAAUCAAUUAGAAGUUUGCCCAAAAUGUGGUGAAAAAGGUAAUAUUGUUGAGGGAAAAUCAAGUAAAGAAACCCUUAAGUUGGAUGCAGAGUUACAAAAUAUUCUCAAAGGAUUAUCUGAACGAAAACGCAGAACAUUUAUACGUUAUAUGAAUCAGCAAGCUACAAAUCAUAAAGAUGGCUCUAUAAAAGGUAAGAGUACGAAAAGUCCAAGCGAAGAAGAAGAACAAGAAAAAAUUGAAACUUGUACAGGUACUUACAGAGAAAAUUUAUUACUGAAAUUAAAAUCAUUAGCAAUUACUGAAGAUGAUAAUAAUAGCAGUGAUUAUGAUGAUAAUUCAGAUGUAUAAUUAAAUUUAAUAUAGACAUCUAUAGCAGAAAUUAUUUGUAUUCAAAGAAGCAACUAUAAAUAUAAUA